CUACCCUCUCUCUCUCUCUCUCUCUCUUUCUUUGAAUUGAAUUACUGAGCUGUGUGAAGAGACGGUUAGUUUUCCAGGCUGGUCUCCGCUUCUCAAAAACCGUCUCGACCUUUUUUUCUCCGGCGGGGGACUACUAGCUUCUCGGAAAAUGACGAGAAUGCCACCGCUGGCGACGCUGAGCUCGGCGCCGGUGGAGGUCGCGGCGUUGGUGCUGGGAUGGUGGGACGACAUUAACGAGUCCACUCAGUGGCAGGACGGCAUCUUCUACUUCCUCUGCGCCGCCUACGCCCUCGUCUCCUCCGUCGCUCUGUUUCAACUGAUAAGGAUUGAAUUGAGAGUGCCGGAGUACGGUUGGACGACGCAGAAGGUUUUCCAUCUUAUGAAUUUCAUUGUCAAUGGGGUGCGGGCAAUUGUCUUUGGAUUUCACAAUCAAGUAUUUCUAUUGCAACCGAGGGUAUUGAUAUUGGUGUUAUUGGAUCUUCCUGGACUGCUAUUCUUCUCAACCUACACGCUUCUUGUCCUCUUUUGGGCAGAGAUAUAUCACCAGGCAAGAAGUUUACCGACAGAUAAGCUCAGGAUUGUUUAUAUUUCCGUUAAUGCUGGAAUGUACUUUGUACAGAUUUGCCUCUGGAUAUACCUCUGGUUUGAUGACAACAGCGUUGUGGAGUUCAUCGGAAAGAUAUUUAUUGCAGCUGUGUCAUUUGUGGCUGCACUAGGUUUCUUAGUCUAUGGGGGAAGGUUAUUUUUCAUGCUGAGACGUUUCCCAAUUGAAUCUAAAGGGAGAAGAAAGAAACUUCAUGAGGUUGGAUCUGUUACAGCCAUAUGUUUCACCUGCUUUCUCAUAAGAUGCUUUGUGGAUGUGUUGUCCGCUUUUGAUGAUGAUGCAACACUUGAUGUUUUGGAUCAUCCUGUUUUGAACGUGAUCUACUACAUGCUGGUUGAGAUCCUGCCCUCAGCCUUAGUUCUCUACAUCUUGCGCAAAUUGCCUCCUAAGAGAGUAUCAGCUCAGUAUCAUCCAAUUUGUUAGCUCAGCUCAGUAUCAUCCAAUUUGUUAGCUCAGCUCAGUAUCAUCAUUCUUUGUGGUAUUUUUGCCCCGUUAUUUAUUCUUUACGGACUGGAGGUUUGAUGCUAAGGAAAAUGAGCAACAUGAGGAUAGCCAGAUAAAACAAUCCAGAUGUAGUAUUCUGGUGCUGCCGGCAUAUUUUUUGCUUAGAUGUAUGUAUAUUGCACAGCUCUCUGCAACUUCGCCAAGGAAGAUUGUUCAAUUUAAUUCCAUGGUGAUUUUGACAGUAACAGGUCUAUGCGAUCAUGUUUCAAAAGAAAAAUGUUAAUGUAAUUUAAAUGUUGUAGGUGUUGUUUCGGUUUGUUUUAGAGAAUUAGAGUUACCAUCAUGGUGUGUUGAUGAUCUCCAUUUUACAUCUUUUAGAUCAAGGUUAUAUUUGAUAAGCAGAGGGAACAAGCAUCUCCCAACUUUGUUUUUGAAAUGUCUUGUCACCAAUG